GUCAACCUCACCACCCAGAAGCGCCUCGCGGCGUCUGUCGUCGGCUGCGGAAAGCGCAAGAUCUGGCUCGAUCCUAAUGAGACCAGCGAGAUCUCCAACGCCAACUCCCGCCAAACCAUCCGAAAGCUUGUUGCAGAUGGUCUCAUUAUCCGAAAGCCCGUCACCAUGCACUCUCGAUCUCGCGCCCGGGAACUCACAGCUGCACGGAGAAUUGGUAGACACCGUGGUUUCGGUAAGAGAAAGGGUACUGCGGAUGCUCGUAUGCCUAGCCAAGUCAUCUGGAUGCGCCGUCUCCGUGUUCUCCGCCGUCUCCUCGUCAAGUACCGUGCCAGCGGCAAGAUCGACAAGCAUCUGUACCACGAGCUCUACCACCUGAGCAAGGGUAAUACCUUCAAGCACAAGAGAGCAUUGGUUGAGCACAUCCACAAGGCCAAGGCGGAGAAGGCGCGUGAGAGAGUCCUGAAGGAGGAGAUGGAUGCCAAGCGUGCGAAGACCAAGGCUGCCCGUGAGAGAAAGCAAGAGAGAGUGAUUGCCAAGCAAAAGGCGCAGUUCGGUGACGAAGAGGAGACCGAGACAAAGUAG